CAAAGCCGUGUCACUUUUCGGAUGGAAGGUAAAAUUUCACUGUUUGAUGUUAAUCAUGAUGGAGUGUAGUCACUUCAGAAAAAAUUACUUAAUGCCUUCGCUCCCCUUCCAAGAAUCGUACUUUUUUUGCUAGUCCAACAGGCCAUCAACACAGACGCCCUUGAAACCUUUCAGCUCUUCUCCAGAAAUUCUAUUGUCUUUCCACUACGCCAUGUGUCACGAAGAUACUACAGCCAAUGGCUGGACCAGCAUGCCAGCCAGUGCAGGUGCCAUCUUUGGAGAUCAACCUUUUAUCAACAAACCGGAGGCUCUGCCUCUCAGCGACAUCAAAUUUCCUUUCAAUGAUCCCACUGUCGCAAAAACUCUGGAAUACGCAAGAGAUACCCUGCACCCAGAAACCUUCAACCAUUCCAUGAGAGUCUACUUUUACGGAAUGGCAAUCAGUAAACAGCAGUUCCCUGAACAAGCUGCUGCUUUGAACCCGGUGACAUGGGCUUUGACAUGCCUGCUGCACGAUCUCGGCACGGCCGAGGAAAACCUUACGACCACUCGAAUGUCCUUCGAUAUCUACGGUGGUAUCAAAGCUCUCCAUGUUCUCAAGGACUUUGGCGCAAGCACGGACCAAGCUGAAGCAGCUGCUGAGGCAAUCAUCCGACAUGAGGAUAUGGGAGUUGAUGGUACGAUCACGUAUUUUGGACAACUCAUUCAGCUCGCUACCACCUACGACAACACCGGCUUCCACCCGCACGUCAAGGAUUUCGGUCAGAUGAUCCACGAAACAACUCGCGCUGAAAUCAACGAGGCCUACCCGCGCAUGAAGUGGUGCAAAUUCUUUGCUAGCGUCAUUCGCAAAGAGGAGCAAAUCAAGCCUUGGUGCCACUCAACCCACCUCGUCAACUUCGACCAGGAAAUCGAAGCCAACGUUCUGAUGAAGCAGUGGGAAUGAGAAGGGAACGGAGAACUGAUAGCUAUGCAGCUUUGCUUUCCGAGUCUACUCAACAUGCAACUGAAUGUAUAGGAGCCACUCCACUCUUUUUUUAGAAUCGUUUGAAAAAUGAAAAUGUGUAAAAUCUGAC